AUGCGGCAGAAUCCACUGUCACUGGUGCUCGAAGAGAUCCCGCUACCGUACACAACGACUAUGGUCACAUGCGACACAUCGCAGAAAUCUCCAAGACCCUUCGUCCCCGUCCAGUUUCGGCGUGCAGUGUUUGACAGCCUUCACGACCUCAGCCACCCAGGAAUCCGCGCGACGCAGAGGCUCGUCACCGACCGCUUUAGCAACCUAUUCUCUGCGCUGGCGAGGCUUCUGGGAACACGGCUCCAGUUCACCACGGCUUACCACCCAGCGAGCAAUGGAAUGGUGGAGCGGCUACACCGUCAACUGAAGGCAUCUCUAACGGCCAAAUUGAAUAGAGAGCACUGGGUGGAGAAGCUCCCUCUCGUUCUUCUGGGCCUGCGUACCGCGCUAAAAGGAGACCUCGGAUUCAGUGCAGCAGAAAUGCUGUACGGCUCUACAAUCCGACUACCGGGAGAAUUCUUUGGUGAGAAACGAAGCACUGCGCCGACACCUUCAGAACAUAUGGAAAGGCUACAUUCCUGGUUGGAGCACCUGCAACCCAACGCGCCACGCGUCAGCCGCGACCAAAGAGUGUUUUCGUUCCCGGACAUGAAUACGGCAACCCAUGUGUUCGUGCGACGAGACACAGUGAAAGCGCCGUUGACUCCUGCGUACGACGGGCCCUUCCGUGUGCUGUCGCGCUCGCACAAAACUGUGACCAUUAGUGUUCGCGACAGAGAGGACGUCGUUUCUCUCGACCGUGUGAAACCGGCUCAGCUCAUGGACUAA